AUGUCGAAUAAUUUGAAGCACAAUAUAGGAAAAUUUAUAAAUGGAUCUAUAUAUAAGAUAACCCUCAACAACUUUAUGACAUAUAGUGAAAUAGAAUUUUUUCCUGGACAGUCAUUAAAUGUAAUUAUUGGUCCUAAUGGAUCUGGAAAGUCAUCCAUUAUAUGUGCCAUUAUUUUGGGACUUGGAGGAAACCUUAGCGAUAUCAGCAAAACCAAACAUAUAUCAAAUUUCAUUAAGAGAGGAGCAGAAGCAGCCAAGAUCGAAAUAGAGCUGUAUCAGAAGAAAAAGCAGACCAUGGUCAUAACUACUUUCUUAGAUAGAUCAAGGAAAAAGUUUGUAUAUAAGAAAGAUCAAGAAACAAUUACAAAGGAAGAACUCCUGAGAUGUAUGGAAAGUAUGGGUAUACAAGUAAGCAAUUUGUGUCAAGUGCUCCCUCAACUUAGGGUUCAAGAGUUUUCAAACUUAAAUCCUAAGCAGUUACUGGAGAAUACCAUAUCUGCCAUAUCCGGCUUCAACGGUGUGAGCAUCAGAAAUGAUUUAAUAGAUAUGUCUACAGAAUUAGAGCAAUUAGUGCAGGGAAAGCAAAUUAUGGAAAAGAAGGUUCAAGAACUAAUAAAACUUAAUGAAAAAGAUAAAUCCAAGAUAGAGAAUAUGGAGAAGAAGAAAGAAUUGGAUAUUAGACAAAAGUUGUGCGAAAUAAAAAGGAGAUGGAUAGAGUGCAAUAAUCUGGAAGAGGAAAUACAAGGGUAUAAAGCAGAAAUUGACAGUAAACGCAAACCCAUAGCAGAGUGGGAGAAUAAGAAGAGAAAGAUGGAAAGAGAAAAGGAUGAUAUACAUAAAAAUCUCAAAGAUGAGGAAGGUCGUAAAAACGAAAUUAUUGAAAAAAUUAACGAUUUGAGGAAAAACAUUAUUCGCAAUAAAGAUUCAAUUACGUCUGAUGAGAGGAGGUUCGAAGAAAUAGAGGCUGGUCUAGCGCAGAAGGAAAACGAAAACCUUAACAGGGAACAGGAGUUGAACAAAAUGAGUGUUAAAUUGGAAAAGUAUCGACAAGAUCGACGUGCCUUCUUACAGAAAUAUGGGGAUGAAUUUUCUUUAAAAGUCAAAUUGGAGCAGAAAAAUAAAGAAAUUGAAAAGUUACACCAACACAGACAUGAAUUAGAGAGGAAAAAAAUAUCUAUAGAAAUGAAUAAGACAUACUCUGAUAUCACAGAUAAAAUACGUUCUUAUAGAGCACAAUUGGCCGAACUUAAAAACAGAAAUGUGAUACGGAUGAAAUUAUUGGAAAAACAAUUCAAUGACACGUACCAAGCUCUGCUAUGGUUGAGGGAGAAUCGAGGCUUAUUCAGACAUGCAGUGUACGAGCCGAUGCUACUGGAGAUCAGCUUUGAGGACGAGUACUACGCGAAAUUCUUAGAGAACACAGUGCCCUAUAGAGAUCUGACGGCUUUUUCCUUCGAAGAUUCAAAUGAUAUGGAGAAGUUCCUAAGAAUUGUGAGAUCAGAUAAGGGGCUUAAACGAGUGAAUGUUUGCAAAGUGUCCUCCGAUACAAACCUGCAUUCGCCGCCCAUAGACAACAUUAGACGGUACGGGUUCUCGCGGUACCUGUCGGACACGUUCGAGGCGCCGCACGCGCUCAAGCAGUACCUGUGCGCGCUGUACGGCGUGCACCGCGUGCCGCUGGGCGACGCGCACGCCGCCGCCAACAUGGAGCGCCUGCCCGCCGACCUCCAGCUGUAUUUCACGGACCAACGCAGAGUGCGAGUAAAAAAAUCUGCCUAUAGUGGAUUAUAUUCAAGAAAUAUUUCUGAAAUACGUCCAGCGAAACUACUUGGAAGCAACCAAGCGCAAAUUAUAAGUAUAGAAGAAAAUUUGACCAAUUUGGUAAAUGAACAAAAUACUAUGACGCAAGAGUUGGACAGAAUAAAGCGUGAGAGAGAUGACCUGACCAGUAAAAUUGGUAUAGAGACCACCUCUAAAGAGACCAUUCGCAAUUAUAUUGAAAAGUUAAGAAGUAUCACGAAAACUCUCGAAGUGGAGGAGAGGCGGUUCAAAGAAGAGAGUGAGAUAGAUGCCGUGGAUAUGAAGAUGGAGCGUGCUAUAGCGAGACAGCAACAGGCGGAAACGACGCGCCGGGUGCUGGCGACGCAGCCCGAUCUGCUGCGGGACGUGAGAGAUCUGCACGCGGCCGCGCUCAGCCGCCAAGAGCUCUCGAAACGUAUUCAUGCUGUUAAUCAAGAAUACGUUAUAUGCGAAGGGAAAGUGAAAGAGUGCGAGAGAGAAAUCAAUGAGCUUGAGAAUAUUAUAGGAGCAUCUAAAUCUAAAAUGGAUGACGCAAAUCGAAGAAAGAUGGCAAAUUUCCGUCAUAUUCGGAAAUAUUGUGACAAUAAACUGCCAAACGAUCCGGAGUUUCCAUUCGAGCGGGAGUUUGAAACGCUCCCAUCUCGUAUCAGUGGUUUGACGUCCGAGCAAUGUAAGGUUAAGCGAGAAUAUGAUUCUAUAGAAGUUAACUUUCAGACAGUGAAGGACUAUGAAGAUCGAGAAAGUGAAAAGAAAAAAAAACUCGUUGAAAUUGAAGAAACAAAUAGGAAAAUUGAAACUUUAAAUAAAUCAAUUCAAGAAAUAAAACCGAACUGGUUGAACAAUUUGAAGAGUUUGUUGGGAAAGAUAAGUGAAAGUUUUGGUAGAAUGUUUGAUGAACUCAAAUAUGUGGGAGAAGUUCUGCUCGAUACAGGAGAUAAUGAAGAGGAUAUCAGCAAGUACGGUAUAAACAUAAUGGUGUCGUUCCGCGCGGGGCUGCCGCUGGAGCGGCUGGACGCGGCGCGCCAGUCGGGCGGCGAGCGCGCCGCCGCCACUGCCUGCUACCUGCUGGCGCUGCAGGCCGUCGCCGCCGCGCCCUUCAGGUGCCUCGAUGAGAUCAAUCAAGGCAUGGACGCGAAAAACGAACGAAGUUUUGUAGAAUUGCUGAUGAGAGUGUCCAGUGAAGUGCACCAUUGUCAAUACUUUCUCUUAUCGCCUAAAUUACUGAAAAAUUUGGAAUAUAACGACACAGUGAAAGUGCACGUCAUUAUGAGCGGUGAAUCUAAUGUGUCUUCUAGAGUGUGGGAAAUAGACACGUUCUUGGAUAAAGCAAGAGCUUAUGGGAGGAAUAACCGUGACUCC